AUGGCGCUGCACCUCUUGGCCGACCUGGAAGGAAGGGGACUGGAAGGUUCCGUUCCAAUCUACAGCUCCGUGAUGACCUCCCUGGAGAAAGUAGGGCACUGGUCCUCGGCACUGUCGCUGCUAACCCGAUGUGACCAGCAGCACCUGACCACGGACCUCAUCAUCCAGAACGCGGCUCUGGGCGCCUGCCAACUUCGCAACGCCUGGUUUGCGGCUCUGCGCCUCACAGCGGAGCUGGGACACAGGACUUUGCGCCCGAAUGUGUUGACCUUCAGCAAGGCUCUCGAGGCCGCCGCCAUUGGCCUCCUUUCUUCCGCAGCCCCGAGGAGUGGUAGCGGCGCGAAUGUGCCGAUUUCGCCACUGGCCCAGGCCUCCAUCAUGGCCAACCGCAAGCAGAUCGGGUACGGCGUUUCACCGGAUGAGGCACACGGGAAUCGGGCGCGGCCGACCUCGUUUGAGGCUGGAAUUGACAUCGGGUCGAUGCCAGAUUUUAAGACGGCCAAGGCAUACCUCUCUGCUGCGGGAUUGGAUACUGGACAAGUGGUGAUGAAAGAGCUGAAAGACUCGUUUCGGGGGAAGGAGGUGUCGGAAUUAAAGAAUGCUUCGAUGACCGGCGGCGAUGCCAAUGUGCGAGAAACAGAGGUGCCCAUGGGCACCGGCCCGCUCACGUACAGCCCUGAGCUGAAGCAGCUGAGAUCCACCGGAUUUUUCAUGAAGUGGCUGCCUCGGAUGAAGGAUCAGAAAUGUCCCUUCAUUCAACGAGAGCCGUAUGCUCAGCGCUUGCGAGUCCAGAGGGCCAUCGAGCGGAUGCGCCUGGCUGCGGAGCGCAGUGAGCGGCGUCGCACUCGCGAAAGUGCGAACCUGGAGCCGCUUCCGAACCUGGAGCAGCCUCCACCUUCGUGGCCGCCUUCGUGGCUGGAAGAUCCGGUCGACUUCCAGGAGGCCCAGGAGGAGGUUCCAAGCGAUGUCCAAAGUUUUUUGGAACCUCCUUUGAAGUACCUUCGCUGCUGCUGCGGGGAUGAAAGUGAUGACAGAGGCGCCUACCUUGAUAUCCUCAGCGCCGAUCCACGGAAUGCCCAGGCCUUUGAAAACUUGGGCUCCACGCUCCUGCCAGGCGAGAGUUUGCGCCUGCCGGAUGGCCUCCUCGUCUCAAAGCGAGCUUUGCACGCCAAGGCGGCAGAGCUAGACGAGAGCCACAGUAGCGCGCAUAAUUCGUUGGGGGCCAUGCUGGACACGGACGAGGUCUGCAACCUCAAGGGCCGCGAGAUGAAUCAACGAGCACUCUUCGCCCGAGCUGUGGAACUCGAUCCUGGCAAUGCCGUGGCUCAUUGCAACCUCGGUGUCGUCCUUGGGCGAUCUGAGGUCAUCCAGCUCGCCGACGGUCGCAUGUGGGACAAGCGCAGCCUCUUCCUUCGGGGGAUUGAGCUUGAUCCAGGCUACGCCUUCGCCUACAACAACUUGGCGAACCUGCUUCAUCCAAAGGACUGGGUUCGUCUGUCAGAUGGCACGUGCUGGAACCAAAGGUCGCUCUAUCUCGCUGCUGUCCAACUUGAUCCGAAUUUUGCGGUGGCUUUCAACAAUCUGGGCCUCUCCUUGGGUCCCUGGGACAAGGUCGUCGCAAGUGGCGGAUGCUGGACGCGCGCUGCUCUCCACCGUCGCGCCAUCGAGCUGAAUCCAAGGCAUGCCUGCGCCUAUCGCGACCUAGCCAGGGCCCUCCGCCCGGGCCAGCGUCUGCCGCUGUCCCUGCGCGGCGCGCGGCGAGGACCGCACCCCGAUGUCCACCAAGCCGAAGUUCUUUUGGGUCGGCGUGAGCUCCUGCUGGAAGCGCUGAGGAUCGAUCCGAGCUUUGUGGAAGCCUAUACCAUGCUCGCCGAAGCAUUGGGUCCCGAGGAGACCGUUGUCCUACCGGAUGGGCGGGCUUGCGACAAGACGGACCUCCUGGUCGCCGCCCUGGAGCUGGAGCCGCGGGAUGCAGCGGCCACGGCAGAGCUUGGUGCCCAUCUGGGCAGCGGCACGUGCGAGUUGAAAGGUUGGCCCAGUGCAAGAUCGUGGUUCGACGAGCAUGCUUCGGAAGGCUCGACCUCUUCAGGAGCUGCGAAAUGGACGGGAGAGCAACUCUCGAGGAGGGCCCAGCAACUCGAACCGAGCUGUCCGGCCGCUGCGUUUGCUGUGGCUGCCGCUGCCGACCAGGCAAAACAGCGCGCGCUCCUCACCCGAGCUGCUGGUCUGGGCAGCGGCCCAGCGUGCGCGGCCUUGGCGAGGCUGUUGGACGUCAACGAACGCGUUCGUUUGCACUCCGAGGAUGGCCCGGUGAUGUUGGGGAAGAAGGAGCUCUUGGCCGCGGCGGCGGAUGGCGGGGAUGUGGAGGCGGCAGCAGCGCUUGCUGGCAUUCUUCUGCCAAGUGAGACGGUGGCGCUGGGCUGGAAGGAGAUCGAGUUCGACUCCAGGGCUCUCUGCAGGGAGAUACUUGCGCUCCGCCCGACUGAUGCUGCUGUGGCUGCCCUGCUAGCGCAGCGCAUGCCUGUGGAGGAGGUCCCGCAGCCGACUUUGUUGCGAUUUUCGCUUCCAGAGCUGAUUAGCUUCGACGGUGCGCGCGACGCAGCUUGGGAGGAGCCGCCCUGGCCGUGCCCUGCCGCCGCGCCGCCUUUGCUCGACGCCGUGGUCUUGGCGGUGUCGGCGAUAGAGCGGACGGGCAGCGCCGAGGCAUUGAAUGACUUGGGCGAGCUUUUGGGGCCCGGAGAUCGUGCCAGGCUUUCUGCCAAAGUCGCAGGAAAGCCGGAGGACAAAGCCUGGGAGUUUCUUGGCAGCCAAAGGCAUUGGGGUCGGCUGGACCUUCAUCUGCAAGCCUUGGAACUCGAUCCCUCGUCUCCGCGCACUUGGCGCAAUGCAGGCGUCGCCAUGUCUGCAGAUGACGAGGUGGAGUUCCAGGGCACGCGUUGGUCCCGGCAGGCAGUCCUUCAGCGGGCGGAGGAGCUGGCGCCACGCCGCAGCAGGAAGAAGGGCACCAUGCAGCCGAGGCAGCCCUUGAUGGCAAUCGGAGCCCAAGCUCUUGGUGCAGAGGUGCUGAAGCUUGUUGAGACAUCUCUCGAGUUGCAAGAGAAGGCUUGCCGCUUGCAGCCGCGGAGUGCGCCACGAAGGCAGCGUUUGGCGGCCGCUUUGGGUGCGUGCGAUGCCCUGGAAUCGCAGAAGCGGCAUGGGCUGCAGCUGUCACACCUUGUCGAGGCUUUCCGGAUUGAUCCGUUCUCCCCAGAUGCCUGCCACCAACUGGGACUACAGCUGCAGAUCACUGGGACUACAAUCUGUCUCGAUGGUCGCCACUGGUCGGCCGAGCCGUUGCUCGCCCGGGCACUGGCGCUCAGCCCGCAGGAUCCGAUUCUGUGGGAUGCCCUCGCAGCUUUCCGCUCGCGCAUAGUGGAGAAAAUCUGCUUGGCCUGCUUGGGAAGCCCGGGUAAGAUGCUGCAGACUGCGUCGGUUGUGCCCUGUAUCGCAUGCAUCGCCAACCAUUCGCGACGCUGCCUUCUCGCGACCUUGACUGGCAGCUUUCGAGACAUGCACGUCGACGAUCUGCAAGAGCAGUUGCCAACGGAGUUCUUACCACGACUGUCCUGUACCGAAGAAGACAAAGGUCAACAAGAGGAUCAGGCGGCGAGCCUGGGCGAAGAGGAGGAGCAGGUCCAAAGUGACGGCCACAGCGAGGACGCCGCGCAUCACCUGGCCAGCAGGUUGAGUACCAAGUUUCCUGGCCUUCCUGGGCUUCUGGGCGGCUGCUGCUUUUUCUUCGUCCUUGGCAGCUGGCAGCGGGUCCUUGCAAGGCUUGGUCGGCCCGUGUUCUACUUCCUGGACAAGUUCUGCGUGCAUCAGACGGACUUGGAGCUCAAGCAUGCCGGCGUGGCCUCGUUUGGCGCUUUUGUGGCUCUCUCUGACAGGAUGCUGCUGCUUUGGAGCCCGGCUUACUUCACCCGUCUUUGGUGUAUGCUCGAAGUCUCCGCCAUGGUGAAGACCUCUGAGCACCACGCGGAGCUGCCGAUCGAGUUUGUCCCCCUCCAGCUGGCCACCCUGAGUUUCUACCUAUGGGCGACGGGCUUCUUCGUGCUGGCGGCUGUGCAGGUCAAUACCGUUGUAAGCAAGCCGGUGGCGGAUAUUUACUUCAUUGGGAUCACUGUGCUCAUCGCCGCCUACUUCCAGAUGGCAGCCUUCAGGACCCGAGGCCCUGCAAAGGCCGCGGUUGCAAUGGUCUCGCUGGCAUUUGCUUCUACCUUUUUGGGGGAUUCCUCCUCCUUUCUGGCAGAGCCACGGGACAUCUCCGUCUCUGCAUCGCGCCGGGCUUUGGCGAUGGGAACUCUUACGACCGUGGCUUCGGUGACGACCAGGGCCUCGGCAGCAGAGUCUUGGACGGCGCUGGUCGGGAGCGACGGCUUUGCGACCGUGGCAGAGGCCCUGAAAGCUGUGCCCAAGGACUGUAAGGCUGCAGUGGUGACGGUGCUUGAAGGCACCUACCGAGAGCGGCUUCUGCUUCCCCGUGGGCCGAGUCUGACACUCGAAGCGCAGAAGCCGGGAAGCACGACGCUGAUCUGGGAGUCCGAGAAGCCUUACGAGGCCGUUUUGACGGCGGAGCAGGGGUCUCAAGUCACAGUCCGAGGUUUCAAUAUCAAGCACGCAGGGAAGAGCGUGGCCAACAACUACGCCAUCUUCUCUUCGGGAGGAGACCUGACGCUGGAGGACUGCGAUGUUACAUCCUCGACGGGUGCUGGCGUGGCUGCUGAAGGGGGCCGACUCUCCCUGCAGAGGUGUCGGGUGCACGACUGUGCCCGGCAGGGGGCCGUGCUCUUUGGGCCGAUCAUCGGCGACGAGCCGCUGCAAGCGCGCUGCUCCUGCAGCGUCUUCACCGGCAACGGCCUCUUCCUGGGAGACAACGAUGCGAUACCCGGGCCUUUUGAUGGAAUUCUGGCGCGAAACAACGUCGAGGCUUCUAUCUCGGACGUGGUGGUCGAAGGGAGCGGCUUGGCAGGCCUUGCGGUUAUGGAAGACACUCGCGUCGAGACUUCUGCACUCACUUUGCGAGGGAACCGCCAGGGUUCCAGCCGCGUCAAGAACGGAGGGGAGCUUGUAGCGGUUGAACGGGCCAACGACAGCAAGUGCUGA